UGCUGUAUUUGUUGUGAAUUUUGGGAAUUUCUGCUGCUUUGUUGAUGCGUUUUAAUUUUGUUCUCUUUUCUGUUUUGUACUUGCGAGAUUUAAUGCAGUUUUUUUAUUUUUAGUCAGAAUGGUGAAGGUUGCUGUUGUUGGAGGUGGAAGUUUAGGUGUAAAAAUUAUUGGGGAACUAGCUUAUCAUGGCCAUGAAGUGCGUGUUUAUGAUCGUAGCCCUGAGAGUUUGGAUAAAGUAAGAUUAAGAAUUCAAGAAGAUAAGCGUCUGCUUACUGAAGAUGGGGUCUUGAUGUCACCUACUUUUCUAGGUGAAGUAUAUUACAUGAGCAGAUUAGAAGAUGCUGUGAAGUCUGUAGAUUUUGUUUUUGAAGCUGUUCCUGAAGAUUUGGCAUUAAAGCAAGAUCUGUUUGAAUGGGUCUCUCAAUCCUGCAAAGCUGAUACUGUGAUAGCUUCAAAUUCAAUGAAUUUAAGUAUAGAUGAUAUUGUUGAAAGAGCUGCAUGUAAAGAGCGUUGUCUUGUCGUUCGAUUUCUUUUUCCGGUGUAUUGCAUUCCCGAAGUCGAAAUUGUGCCUGGGAAGAAUACUUCUUUACAGACUUUAGAGAAAGUUCGAAACUUUCUGUCUAGAAUGGGAAAAGUUGCGUUUUUUAGAUCUGGAAAAGAUCCUCUUGUGCUAAGCCCAGAAGAAAGGGAAUUGAAAAAGAUGGAAUUUAUAAGAAAUCUUCAAGAACACAAGGGAAGCUUGCUAAAAAUCAAGCGAAAUGUCCCUAACCUCUCUGAUAAGACUUUAUUAUCUAAAGGAGUUGAUCUCGAUUCAG